AUGCUCCUCAUGAAUUCCCCUGGCCUUCCCUUAAAUUUGCCAAUGAAGUUCUCCUCCCCUUUAACUGUCAAGCUCCAGACUCUUCAGAAUCAGUUCGACCUCGGCAUCUGCCGCUUCGAGUAUAUGCUCGGGCACAAUAGAUGGGUCCACCCCGAGUGCUUCAGCCAUUCCCUUCAGGGCUGUUUCGUCUGCGUGUUCUACCGUACUAUCAUCAACCACACCACGUCUCGCGAGAGCUUUCGCAAAAGCAUCAUAGAUGUCAUUCCAGGCUAUACUUCCAGAAGCAGCAAGGAAAAACCCGUCCUUAUUAUAUCCGAUAUCGCUACCGAGCAAGAUUUGCCUCUUCUUCGCCGCUUUCACGACUGCAACGUCCUGAAUAGAAGUGCGGUUGCCGAACCCCUCUCCCUCUCCAUAUACUAUGCAGGGAGCAAGUAUGUAACCUCGCACUCCGUUCUCCUCUGCGGUGUCAAUAACUGCGACAUUCGUUCUAAGACCCUGUUCAGUAGAUUAGCGACCGUGUCGCUGUAUGCACCGAAUUAG